AUGAAGAACCAAUCUGGGGAAAUAGAGUUCAUUUUGCUAGGACUGACAGGGGACCCUGCCCUACAAACUGUGAUUUUCCUGCUUCUAUUUUUCAAUUACAUCUUGAGCCUGAUGGGGAACUUAAUCAUCAUUGUCCUCACCCUGCUGGAUCCCCGCCUCAAGACACCAAUGUAUUUCUUCCUCCGAAAUUUCUCUUUCUUAGAAAUCUCCUUCACAACAGUCUGCAUUCCACGGUUCUUGAUGAGCAUUCUCACUGGAAACAAAACCAUUUCCUACAAUGGUUGUGCAACUCAAUUAUUCUUUUUCUUCCUGUUAGGAGUUACAGAGUUUUACCUCCUGGCUGCCAUGUCUUAUGACCGCUACGUUGCCAUCUGCAAACCACUGCAUUACCCAACCAUUAUGAACACCAAAGUCUGCUACCAACUCGUGCUCAGCUCCUGGACAACUGGAUUACUGGUCAUCUUUCCCCCUCUGCUCUUGGGACUCAAGCUGGAAUUUUGUGCUUCCAAAGUGAUUGAUCACUUCCUAUGUGAUACUUCUCCAAUCCUUCAGAUCUCAUGCACAGAUACACAUUUCAUAGAAUUGAUGGCUUUUAUUUUAGCUGUGAUGACGCUUAUUAUCACAUUGUUAUUAGUGGUCCUCUCUUACAUGUUCAUCCUCAAAACCAUUCUAACAUUCCCAUCUGUUCAGCAACGAAGAAAGGCCUUUUCCACUUGUUCCUCUCACAUGGUGGUCGUCUCCAUUACUUAUGGGAGCUGUAUCUUUAUGUAUGUGAAGCCGUCAGCAAAGGAGAGGGUGACGUUAGCUAAAGGAGUAGCUGUGCUCAACACUUCUGUUGCCCCUUUACUCAACCCUUUCAUUUACACCCUGAGGAACCAACAGGUGAAAGAAGCUCUCAAGCAUGUGCUGCAAAGGUUUAAUUUUUCUGAAAACACUGAGAAAACAUUUAGAAAUACAUAA